AUGGCUCCCGCUUUUGUUGAAACCCCACAACCGGCUGCAACUUAUGUAAGGAAUGGAACCGGAGAGUACAAGGAGGCGUACAUUGGAGGACCGAAGGCGUUCAGGCAGGACGCAGAAUUGAAGGGUACGGAAAAACAACCUCCAGCGAAGUAUCCUCACUACCUGCCGACGUGGGACCCUGAGAAAAAAUAUCCUCCGUUGCAGCUGUUUGAGCACUACGAGCACGGAAAGGAUGCAGAUCCCAGUUUUCCCAACCUCCUCCAGAAAGCUCAAGUAACGGAAUUGACCGCGAACACUGGAGCUGAGAUCCACGGGGCUCAAUUGAGCAAGCUCACGGACAAGGGCAAGGAUGAGCUAGCUCUAUUUGUGGCUCAGAGGAAGGUCGUUGCCUUCCGCGAACAGGAUCUUGCAGAUAUUCCAAUCCAAGCGGCUCUCGACUUUGGAGGAUACUUUGGCCGCCACCACAUCCACCCAACAUCAGGAGCUCCCGCAGGACAUCCAGAGGUUCAUCUUGUCCAUCGAGGUGCUGACGACACCACAGCGCGGGACUUUUUUGAGGAGCGCACUAACUCUGUGACAUGGCACUCUGAUGUGACAUACGAAAAGCAGCCUCCGGGCAUUACAUUCUUAUACCUUCUCGACGGACCGGUUGCUGGUGGAGACACUUUGUUCGCGAACCAGUCGGAGGCAUACCGAAGACUAUCUCCAGAGUUCCAGAAGAGGUUGCAUGGCUUGAAGGCCAUCCAUUCUGACACAGCAAUCGAGCAAGCCGACAACAGUAAGAACCGUGGAGGUGUUGUCCGUCGAGAGCCGGUGACAUCAAUCCACCCCCUCGUCCGGACUCAUCCAGCUACGGGAGAGAAGGCGCUCUUCGUAAACCCGCAAUUCACGCGCCGCAUCGUUGGAUACAAGAAGGAUGAGAGUGACUUCCUUUUGAAGUUUCUUUUUGAUCAUAUCGCAAAGGGUCAGGACUUCCAGGCUCGCGUUAAGUGGGCUCCUGGAACUGUCGUUGUCUGGGAUAACCGAGUGACGGCGCACUCAGCACUCCUAGAUUGGGACGAUGGUCAGCGCAGGCAUAUGGCUAGAAUAACCCCGCAGGCCGAGCCUCCGACUGAGACUCCAUUUGAGAAGUAG